UGUACUAGUAGAUAACGCGUGGCCAGCUUUAGACACAUUUUAUUUUUCAACUACAUACUGACAGAAUGAAUCUUCUUUUUUGUUUAGCGCUGUUUGUGGCUGCUACCUCGGUACAAGGCCAGGGAAGCGUGCCAUGUGGAGUCCAAACGGUUCAGCCGAAAACCAAGAGGAUUGUCGGAGGACAGACGGCCACCCCCGGCUCAUGGCCAUGGAUGACGCUGAUUGUUGACAGUCUUGGCUACAUUUCUGGUUCCGGUACCAUCAUUGACUCUCAUGUCAUUUUGACUUCCGCUCAGCAUUUUGAGGGGUGGGGUUACAGCAUUUUCGACAUGAACCUCCACAACUGGCGUCUCUACACGGGCUCUCACAAUAUUAGCACGACCACCCAGCACGAGAAGACGUACCACAUCCGUCGCGUGAUUCUCCACCCAGGCUACAACACAACGAGCCUUGAGAAUGACAUCGCUCUCAUCAUCACUGUUGAGCCCAUUGUAUGGAACGACUACACCAGGCCCGUGUGUCUGCCUGAUGCUAGCCACGGUUACCAGGUCGGUGAUCAGUGUUAUCUGCCCGGAUGGGGAAGCACACGUAACACUGGUGAUGAGGAGCAGCUGAACCAGCUCAUGUACCCGAUCCUCGAUGACUCCAUCUGCGCUAACCACUGGCCCGACUUCCUGCCCGCCAAUGAGUUGUGUGCCGGCUAUGAGAACCAGAACAAAGACUUCUGUGGGGAUGACAUUGGAAGCCCUCUCGUUUGCAAGAAGCAGAAUGGAGCCUGGUAUGUUGAAGGUUUGGCCUCAUCUGGUGGCAACUGUACAACCGCCAAUGAGCCAGGUAUUUUCGAAGACGUGACAGUGUACCAGAACUGGGUGCUGACAACAAUGGAAAACGCUGGCUACCCAUACCAAUAUUAACGCAGUUACAUACACGUUACGUUACAGUGAGGUGUAAAAUGAAACGCGGCGAUUUUAUGUUCAUACGUAUUAAAUUCCAUCACUGAGUUA